GCGAGAACUGGAAUUAACGGAAAUUAGGCUGUAACGGCGGUAAAAACGGGUGAACUACGAAGAGAGGGGGAAAUUUGAAUAAAAUUGAAAUCGAUCAGGAAUAAAGAGAAGAGAAUAAACAAUAUAAAAAGAGGAGGAAGAAAGAGGGAGAAACAGAAGGCGCGAAGAAACAGGCGACGGACUUCUUAUUUUCGGGCAGCCGUAAAAACGACUGCGAAAUAAACGCCGUCGUACCUGACGUUGUGUUGUGCUGUUCUCUCUCUACACGUUGACGACCCCGCCACCUCGACGCGCGAUUACUACUGCCAAAAUGGAAGAGCAAAGCGUGCACAGCAGUACCAGUGAUAUAAAUAGUGAAGAGGCGGCCGCCACCGAACCUCUGAUCAUACCGAGAAAAAAACGAAUAUGUCUCGUCGGAAGUACAGGAGAAGAUCCGGCCCUUGGAGCUGCUGCUCAACAGUUCAGCGUUCCUGUACUGAAGUCAGAACAAGGGACGGAGUACGUCGAAGACACAACUUACUGCACCUAUUACAUACUAAGCAAAUUCGAGGGAGCAGAUUACGACACUCUCCACAAAACAGCUCACAGAAUACUAGGACCAACGGCGCUUCUCCAGCUGGCGGAGAAGAAAGAGUCCCUGCCGAGUAUCAACAGGCCGAUGUACACCCAAUCGAUGCUGGGAACGAUUGUUGUUUUCACCGGUUUUAGAAAAAAGGAAGAAUUGACCAGACUGAUAAACAUGAUUCACAACAUGGGUGGCAGCAUAAGGAAGGAUAUGGGAAACAAAGUGACACACCUUAUUGCCAAUUGCUGUGGGGGAGACAAAUACAGGUAUGCCAUUACCUUUAGGAUUCCAAUUAUGUCCUCGGAUUGGGUGCUUGAACUUUGGAAUGCGAGGGACGACGUUGCGAGCAGCAGUUCCAACGACAAACUGAUCGCAGAUUACAAACUUAAGCCAUUCUUUGGAGCAAAGGUGUGUUUCUUCGGUUUUCCCGACGACGAAAAGACGCACAUGUACGAAGUGCUUCAGCAACAAGGCGGGGAACCGGCUGAAAUCGACGAUCCAAACUGCACGCAUGUGGUCGUCGAUGAAUCCAACGUCAAUUCGCUGCCUGACUUGGCCUCUGUGAGAGCCCACAUAGUAAAGGCUGAAUGGUUUUGGACCUCGGUCCAAAAUGAAGGCGCCGCAUAUGAGAAAGAUUACCUCUUCGAAGAUUAUUUGGAGUCUGUAAUGUCCCCGAUGGCGAUGGCGAGGAGGGACAGUCAGGCAGCAACGCCUAGAACCGCUUCGACGAAAAGAAAGCGCAAGAGAAUGGCCGAAACUUUAUGUAGUCUGGUACAAAACGGUGCUGAUUCGCCGGCAGUUCAUAAACGACGGUCGAGUAUCAGUGACGCUGGUCAUCUCAGCGUAAGCGGCAGCUUUCUUGACUGCACUUCGAGUCCCGACAAACAAUUGGAUGCAAUUCCAGAGGUUGAAGCGGUGAGCACAGAAGCGGGAAGGAAAAAUCUCUCGCCUAGGCAUCAAGUUUUCCUUGAGCUAGUUACAACGGAGUCAAACUACGUGGGAAUCCUCAGUACGAUUAUGACGCUGUUCAAAGAACCGCUUGAGGACUUGAUAGAAAUGAGCGGCGAAUUGUUGAACAGCACCGAAGCGAAGAUAAUAUUUGGCAACUUUCCACCGAUUUACGAAGUGCAUAAAAAGAUGCUCGAGGAGCUCAGGUAUAACGCUUCUCACUGGGCGGAAGACGUCAGCAUAGGGAAUAUAUUUUUAAAGUACGCGCCUGACUUGGUCAAGGCAUAUCCGCCGUACGUUAAUUUCUUCGAGAAUACAAAGGAAAUGCUCGAUCAAUGCGAUCAGAACAAACCGCGCUUUCACGCCUUCCUCAAAAUAUGCCAAACCAAGCCCGAAUGUGGCAGGCAGAGCCUUAAGGAACUUCUUAUCAAGCCUGUUCAGAGGCUACCCAGUAUUAGCUUAUUGUUAAACGAUAUUCUUAAGCACACAAGUAAAAGCAAUCCUGACCACAGUGCGUUGGAAUUGUCGAUAAGUAGUAUAAAAGAAGUAAUGACUUAUAUAAACGAGGACAAGAGAAAAACGGAAGGGCAAUUAGUGAUGUUUGACAUAUUUAACGACAUUGAUAAUUGCCCAGCUCAUUUAGUAUCUUCACAUCGUUCUUUCAUUGGCAAAUGCGAAGUGAUGGAAUUGGGCGAAGGUUUGAGCGGGCGAGGCGAUCAUCUCGUCCUGUUCCUCUUCACCGACACUUUGGAAAUAUGCAAGAAACGCUCAAAAGCUUUCAAUUCCCUGAAAAGUCCGAAGGAAGCCAAUGGUCUUCAUCCCACUAAACUUAGCCAAGGAAAACCGUACAAACAUAUAAGAAUGCUCUCCCUUAGCACGAUAAAAAAGGUCGUCGAUAUUCGCGAAACUGACGAAUGUCAGAAGGUGUUCGCGCUGAUGGUGAGAAGUAAUCAAGAGUUGAAGGAGAAAUUAUUUUCAUUUACGAUAACUGACGAGGAAGUAAAUAAAACUAAUUAUCUCAGAACACUCUGCCGGCAAAUGGCUAAUUCCGUUUGCAAAGCAGACGCAGACACAUUUUUAAUCAGUUUGGAUUCUCAUCAGCUUGAAAUUGACACGAGCGACGUAGCCUUAGGAACUUUAAGUAAAGCAUUUAAGAGCCUAUUUCAUAACUUUUACCUGGAGUAUAUGGACCCGUAUGUGUUCCUACUCAAUAGCAUGUGUGAAACCACGUUACAUGUCCCACUGCCGUUUGCUUCACGUACAAGGAUGAAAGUCGGAAGGGCAUUUAGCUUUAACAAAACGCCGAGUAAAUUGAAGAGGGCAAUGUCGACGAUGAUGUCGCCGUUUGGAUCGACCAACAGUCUCACGCCUGCCAGCCAACAACUUGCCCAGAUGCGGUUAGCCAGCUGUAAUAACAUUAACGAAUUGGGUAACGGCGGAUCAGGAUCGCCGACGAGAGACGAAGUAUUGGUAGCUCCUAUGUCUGUGCAACCCACGAGAAAGGCGAAAUGCAGUUCGCUCAGCAUGGCGUCGUUGAGAAGAAACUGUUCAGAGGAAGUUGUUCAGGACAAGUCCGAGCUCUGAGGUACAGUAUGAUAUCCGCUCCAUUAUUAUUCACGAUUAAUUAAAUAUCCAGACGCGCGGUUAUUGACAUCCUUAAACUCGGAAGAUGCGAUUUUGCGAUAGUCAAAAUGUACAAUAACCUGCCGUAUAUAAUUAUAGAAGCUCUUUUUUCGUCAGUUACUUUACUUUUGUAAUGAUUCGAUGUCGCGAAAUGAAAGUUUGACAGCUUGCGUGACGUUUUCGGUGCCUUUGUUUUCGUUAAAUUCACUCAAAACGAUUAGCUAUCACCAACUCCUGGUACUAUUAUCGGUUAACGAUAAGAUUUGAACAAUAUCUUGCAUCCCCUUCGUUUUCGUUAUCUUCUUUUUAAAGGCAGAAUUUUUUUUUUUUUUCAACCGUAUUUUAUCAAACAUAAUACACCUCGACAGAAUGGCCAGCGGUGCUGUACAUUUGCCAAAAAUAUUCAUCAAUGACAGCCGCAAACAAGAACGACAACGUUGAGUUAUAUCUGGUGCAUGGAGAUACAUACCUCUUAAAUAUUACUAGUACCGUAAAAAUAAUAUUAGUAGUAGUAGUAGUAGUAGUGAUAAUAAUAAUGAUAAUAAUAAUAAUAACAACAACAACAAUAAUGAUAAUCGAAAUGUCGGAUCGAAUUUUUGUCGCAUUAUAAAUAUAGAGAGAAAAUAGCAUGUACGCGAGAAAAGGAACAAGAAAACUGAGAACAUAAAUAUGUGAAAGUAACUUGAAAACGUGAUUGAAUCACAAAUGAAGACAAUCACAAACGAUAAUAAUAAUUAUUACUGUUAUUUAGUUCCAUCGAUAUUAUUAUUAUUGUUACUGUUGUUGUUGUCAUUAUCCAAGUUACCUGUAGUUAUGGCGAAAAAUAAUAACAAUAUCAACAGGCAAGACAAAGGUGGGAAUGAAAUGAUAUUUGUUAGAAGAAGAACGUACUUUGUAAUAAUUUAUUGUUUGUAAGAUACAUUGGAAUAUUGGUACAGUAUAUACAUAGUGUGUAUUAUAUAUUAUAAUUAUGAUGUAUAUACAUAUAAUAGUUCUGACCCGGUGUUGAAUAUUUAAAAUUAAAAUCUAUAACUAUAACCUACGUUUAGAUGAUAAUGCGGUAAUGAUGAUAAUGAGUGAAUAAAUCUAUAGAUUAAUUACAUACCGGUGAGCGUAAUGAACGGCAGCCUCGUGUGAUAUUGUUUCUAUGAUAAGUAUGUAGUUUGACAAAUGUUGUAUGACGACGAUGAUGAUAGUAAUAAUGAAGGUAAUAAAGAAAAAAGUGGAGAAAAAAAAAAAAAA